CCGGGGAGACCAGAUAUAGUGAAUGCAGGGUCCAGGAGACCAGAUAUAGUGGAUGCAGGGUCCGGGAGACCAGAUAUAGUGAAUGCAGGGUCCGGGGGGGAGACCAGAUAUAGUGAAAUGCAGGGUCCUGGGAGACCAGAUAUAGUGAAUGCAGGGUCCGGGAGACCAGAUAUAGUGAAUGCAGGGUCCGGGAGACCAGAUAUAGUGAAUGCAGGGUCCGAGGAGACCAGAUAUAGUGAAUGCAGGGUCCUGGGAGACCAGAUAUAGUGAAUGUAGGGUCCUGGGAGACCAGAUAUAGUGAAUGCAGGGUCAGGGGAGACCAAAUAUAGUGAAUGCAGGGUCAGGGGAGACCAGAUAUAGUGAAUGCAGGGUCCGGGGAGACCAGAUAUAGUGAAUGUAGGGUCCUGGGAGACCAGAUAUAGUGAAUGCAGGGGUCCGGGAGACCAGAUAUAGUGAAUGCAGGGUCCGGGGAGACCAGAUAUAGUGAAUGCAGGGUCCAGGAGACCAGAUAUAGUGAAUGCAGGGUCCGGGAGACCAGAUAUAGUGAAUGCAGGGUCCGGGAGACCAGAUAUAGUGAAUGCAGG